AUGAAGGCAAUGCCAGCAAAUAUGAACACGACAUUCUCAGGAAUCGAGAAAAGACCAAAACUUUCUCUAAGAAUGAUGAAAAUCAAGAGUGCCCAGAAUGAGAAAACAACUAAAGACUGCUGCAAGAAGAAGAAUCUGAAGGUGGGGUUCUCGGAAAAUGCGAGGAAAAUGAAAAUGUUAGAAAAAGACGCGAUCGGGAGGGAUACGAGGAGCGCGACUGGGCUUUUCAGAAAGAGGGAGACGGAGCAGAGGAGGCGGCGGAUGCCGACGGGGCACAGGAAGAGGGACGCCGUGAAAUGUGUAGCCAGCGAUGCCAUUUUUUCUUAA